UGGCGCCGAAGAUAUCAUUGGCCCGUUUGGCGGAAAAGCCAGCCAUCUUUCUACUUCCCCUGCGACGCCGAGCUUGUGCGGACGCGUCGCUUUUUUCCUUUAAAGUUGUGCUUUUUAUAUAAAAUGGGCGACAGUGGUUAUGGCGGCGGCGGUUACGGCGAUUAUUCGCAUCCGCCACCUACGACGGCCUAUCCGAACACGUACGGGCAACCGUCGUCCGGCGGCUACCAAGGUGGCGCCGGCUCCGGGGGCAACUCCUGGGGCGGCCAGGGUCGCAAUUCAGGCGCGAGCGGCGGCUACAACGAUGGAGGCGGUGCUCAAGGUGGCGGUUAUGGCUCUAGCGGCGGAGGAAGUUACAAUUCCGGAGGCGGCGGCGGCGGCGGAGGGUAUAACUCCGGAGGUGGAAGCGGUGGCUACGGAGGUGGCGGUGGAGGUUACGGCUCCAGCUCCGGAGGCGGUGGUGGAUAUGGCGGCUCCGGUGGCGGUGGCUACGGCGGCGGAGGCUACGGAGGUCGUGAUCGUGGAGGCGGCGACUACGGUAAAGGCCGCGACUUAGAUCACAGAGACAGUUAUGGAGGCGGCAACAGGGGUGGUUUUAACAAAGGAGAUGGUGGUAACCUGGUAGUACAAGUGGAUACGAUCUUUGUAUCUGGCAUGAACCCUGAAAUCAACGAAGAUGACAUUGAGCAGCAUUUUGGCGCCAUUGGUAUCAUCAAGUUGGACAAGAAGACGCAGAAGAAAAAGAUCUGGCUCUACAAGGACAAGCAAACGGGCAUGUCGAAGGGUGAGGCGACCGUCACCUAUGACGAUUCGAACGCUGCCAAGUCAGCGAUCAACUGGUUCGACGGCAAAGAUUUCCGUGGUUCCGUUAUCAAAGUGCAGCUGGCCACCAAGAAGGACAAUUGGAGCGGUGGCGGCGGCGGCGGAGGACGCGGCGGACCGGGUGGUGGACGUAGUCGAGGCGGCGGCGGUUUCGGCGGUGGCGGACGCGGCGGACCGCGUGACGGAGGUAUGGACUUUGGUAGAGACCGCGGAGGCGGCGGCGGUGGCGGUGGACGCGACCGCGAGAGCCGUGAAGGCGAUUGGAAAUGUCCGAAUCCGGACUGCGGUAACACGAACUUUGCCUGGAGAGAUCGGUGCAAUAGAUGUGACGAAGACAGGCCUGAAGGAGCCGGCGGCGGCGGUGGUGGAGACCGUCGCGGAGGUGGCGGUGGUAGAGACCGUGACGGAGGCGGCAGAGACAGACGAGGAGGUGGUGGUGGCUUCCGUGGCGGCGAUAGAGGCCGCGACGGUGGCGGAAGAGGUGGAGGAUUCCGUGGAGGUCGCGGAGGCGGUGGUUUCGGCGGCGGAGGCCGUGGAGGCGGACGUGACCGUGGAGGUGGAGGCCGAGACGGAGGAAGAUUUAAGCCAUAUUAGUCUUAAGUUCAAAAAAGCAUUUAUUGUUUGUAUGUAUUGUAUGAUACAUUGUAAAAGUAUUAGGUUAAGGUUUUUGACUGUAUUUUUUUGUACCUAGUUUUGAUUUUAAAUUUAAAAUAAAUAUUUAAUUCCAGAA